CGCUGUCCGCCGUCUUUCUGCACCGGGUGACAAACCUCGAGCUCGCCGUCUGGCCUGCCUUCAACAUCGUACCACUCUCGGAACUUUUCUGUUCUCUUUUUGCAUAUAAGACAGCCCAGAGCCACAGGUUGUAUCACAUAGCCUGCAGCACAACAUCCUCAGCAAUAAGAAUGAUUUCCCCAAGCACGCCUGGACCUAUGAGCAUCCUUGACGCAGCCACUGCUAUACCAAAGGACGUGAUGUCGAAACUUCCGGCGGUUAUCAAUGGCCCUCUAGCCUGGUCAGGGGCUGAUUUCAAGAAUGAAGAGACAUACACCUGGCACCUUCGCAGAGAGGAUGUCGAGGAAGUUGAUGCAGCACUCCAAAGCUUCAAAUCUCUUGGCCUCGAUGGAGACCAAGUUGACCGUGACAACUUCCCCCUCCCGAAUCUUGCGGCUCAGCUAGCCCAAUGCGCCAGAAUUAUUCAUGAGCAGCGCGGCUUCUUCGUUCUCAGAGGUCUUGAAGGAUCAAAAUACUCAGUUGAAGAUAGCACCACGGUUUAUCUGGGCAUAGCAAGCUAUAUUGCUGACAAGAGGGGGUUGCAAGACCGCAAGGGCAACAUCCUCUCACACAUCACCAAUUCAAAACUUUGGAAAGUCCCCGUGGAGAUGCGCCAUGGCAUUCAUUCCAAUCAUGCUUUGCCCUAUCACAAUGAUAUGGGGUGCGAUAUCCUAGCGCUACAAGUUCGGUACAGCGCGGAAAAGGGGGGAUACACGUAUCUGAGUUCGGUCAGCACCGCAUUCAAUGAACUGCUUUCCGAAGCCCCAUCAGCAGCAAAGACUUUGUUAGCUCCAGAUUGGCCUGUGCAAAUUUCGGGGCGUGGAGCAAAAUACUACUUCGCGCCCGCUCUCGCGAUUCACGAUGACAGAUUGAUGGCUAGCAUGGAUCCGAAUCGAUUUGGACCUCAUCCAUCUAGUGGACCAACCAAUAUCCCAUCUCUGACUGACUCACAGCAGUCUGCUCUAGAAAGAAUAUCAAAGGCCGCGUACCGCACAGAGCUUCGACUUCACCUUAAGACGGGAGACAUGCUCUUUUUCAACAACUGGGCAUUGCUCCACCGACGCGAUUCAUACACGGACAGUGAUGAGACGUCCCGCCACAUGGUAAGGCUUUGGCUCCGAAACUCGAAGCUAGGCUGGACGGUCCCGGAUUCUAUGUUGCCACCUUGGUUUGCGGCUUACGGUGACAAUGGCGUCCGGGACAGGCUCUAUCCUUUGAUUCCCAUGCCCGACUAUAAAGUGCCAAAAUAUUCGGCAGGCUCUGCAGCAUUUGUGAUUGAGGAUAGCGAUGUCUCGGAUAACGAGGAGUUCAUUGCGCAAAGCCUGUGAAUUGCAUGGAGGAACUUGAUACAUUAUUAGGGGGGCGGCGGAGAUGAUGCUAUCCCAACUGAUCCUUUUUCACCACUUGAAUUUCAUAUCCUUGAUUCACUCGCUACAUUUACAGCAACUUGCUUCUCUUCAAAGCCU